UAUUGGUAUUUAUGGUCUAUGGGGCAAGUAACUAUAACCCAAGAUCGGAGAGCCGCCCAUGAUUAUAGAUUUCAUACAUUAGUACAUUACAGAAUAUUUAGCGGCAUAGUAGUAUCAUUCUAUAUACAAAGUUUAUUGUUUGAUACAGCUCCGUACUAAAAUCUAAGCUAAGUCCUUAGUUCAUACACAUAACAUCGAAUUAACAUUUUCAUACUGUUAUUAUAAUAAUUUGACUUCAUAAAAUGGCGUCUUCUCAAGGAAAACAUAUGCCCAAAGACACACAAAUUAUUGUGUCGAUUAUGAAAGAUUUGGGAAUAACUGAUUAUGAUCAACAAGUUUUAAAUCAUCUUUUGGAGUUUAAUUACAGAUAUACAACACUACUUCUGGACGAUGCUAAGACAUUUUCAAACUUUGCAAAAAAAAAGAAUGUUGAUGCUGACGAUGUAAAAGUUGCAAUACAAUUGGCUCAAGACGGAAUAUUUUGUCGACCUCCUCCGCGUGAUGUAUUAAUGACUGCAAGUCGUGAAGUAAACAAAAUACCAUUACCUCCAGUGAAGCCUGCCAGUGGACUGCGAAUUCCUCAUGAUCGUUCAAAUUUCUUGCAAACAAACUACAGGCUUAGGAAUGAUUUGUACUCUGGAGGAAAUAUGCGUAAAGCAGACACUAAAACAACAGCUGCAGAAAUGUUGGAGGCAUCUAGAAAAAUAGAAAUUGAAGACAAUGCCUAUCCAUCAUCCAGUCAAAUGAUGAACAAUUCAAUGGAGUUUGAUUUGCAAGAAAUGAUGGAAAACCGUCAGAGUAGUCAAGAAAGCAUUGGAGAAAAUGAUAAAGAUGAACUUAUGGAUGCUCAGGCAUAUCAAAACCGUUCAUAUUCUGAUAUUGCACUUGAUGAUGCUGUUGAAAAACAACUCAGUGAUAUGUAAUUUAUUAUGACUUAAAAUAUUAUAAAAAUUCAAAAUAAUAUCAUUCUCUUUUAUUCAACAUUAUAUUUUACAUUUUACUAUAAGGCAUAGUCUACUAUUAAAAGCCUAUUAAAAUUAACAAUAAAUUAAUCAAUUAUAAGUUAUGUCUUAUAAAUUUAUAAUUUGGCAAUAAAUUAAUUUAAUUUAAAUUUAAUUGAUUAUAAUAUACUUAUUAGUUAUUUUUUUUUAUACUUUUACCAAUUUAAAAUUAAAGUAUAAGUAUAAUUAAAUUAUAGUAUUUAGAUACUAUUAAGUUUUUUUUAGUUCUUAUGUAUUUAUUUUACUUGAAAAAAUUAUCACAUGAUUAAUAAUAUUUAGAAGUUUAGUUAAAUAUGUAAACACUUAGUUGAAGAAUUUUUUACUUUACAGUUAUUACUGUUUUUAUAAGCUAUAAACAAGAAUACUAUACUAAAUAAGUUUUGUUGUAUUCUUUAUUUGGUAUAUAAGUGCAUUUGAAGAUUUAUAAAUAUUAAAUAUAUAGGACAUUAUAAGAUUAAGAA